GUCAGCUGUUGAAACCAAUAUGGCGCAUUGCCUGGGAGACGAAGACGGUGCUUUGGACACUCAGGGAGCCGGAGACCAAGGGGUUUUGAGGCGCUGCAGGGGACGGCCGAGGCUCACGGACUCCGACCGAGCCCAGAGACGUCUGGAGUCCCGGAAGAAGUACGACGUGAGGCGGGUGUACCUCGGAGAGUCCCACAAGCUGUGGAGCGAGCUCCGCAGGAGGACCAGCCUGAGUGAUGCUGGACUGGCGGAGUACCUCAUCCUGCUCAACUCCACGUACGGAGAGAAACACCGACAGAAACACUGCGGGUGGGAGCCUGAGCCCCUGCAGCCAUGCUGUCUGCACGAGAGCAAGCAGGGCAGGAAGCAGCGCGUGUCGAGCCUCCAGAGUCUGGUGUGUUGGUACCAGGAGCACUCGGGCUCCUGCCCCCACGAGCCCCAGCUCCAGGCCCUGGAGCCUCAGCCUGACUUUUCCACCGCUGCAAAGUGGCAGUGUGACUCAAAUCACUCGUUUGUGCAGUACCUGUUCUCUCCGCUGAGGGAGCCAAGUGACUCGGAGCCCGAGGAGAGAGGAGACGGGGACAGUGAUGAAGAGGGGAUGGAUAAAAUGGACACACCUCUGGAUAUAGAGUCCAUGAGCAGACAGAGGCGAAGAGAGGCUCAUCAACUGUAUAAAGACGUUGGACAGAAUGUUUCUGAGGAGCAGUGCACAGCCCUUAUCCAGACUGAAGAGGCCUCAGGUCUACACCGCAGGUCCAGCCCAGAGGCCUCCUCUGGGGGUGCUCCUCUGACCGGACAGCCUGCCUGGGAGGUGGAGAUGGUGCAGCAGCAGGGUUCCCUUACAGCAGCGCUGCACUCCAUCCCUGCAGAGGAUCUGAAGCAAGGCGAGGACGGAGGAGAGGGAGUGGGGGAGCAGCACAGAGAGGAGGGAAUCCGGACUGCGGGGCAUGGGUAUGAGCUGGAAUCCUUGGCAGAUGAAUUGGAGAAGACGGAUGAGGACUCGGUGCUUUCACAGAGCUUGAACGAUCCUGUCCCUCUGGGUGCUCAACAUGAGCUGUCCGUCCCGCCACCAGCUCAGGGUCAGACUGAGCUGUUCGACCCACAGACAGCUGUGACCAGCUGUGAGAUCCCUAACCAGAGGACGGCUUUAGAAGGCUCACAGCUAAUUAUCAUCACGGGUUCCAGCUACGAGGCUUUGGCGUCAGAAGGAAUCCAACUCAACAUGGGCAGCGGAAAUGUGGAGGAAGUCACCUGCACUGUCAUCGGAGGGCUCACCUACAACCAGGUGUGCACGCCGGACUCAAAUGUGCCAACAGCACCAGAUGAAGACUCCUUGACAGGUCUGAGUGACACUCAGCUGGAUCAGCCCGCUGUGGAGCAGAGCAGUAACCAAGAGCUGGACAGGAGUCUGAGCAGGUCCAGGAGGAGCAGACGAGGCCCAGUCGUCGAGGCGGACGGCAUGCUCAAGAUGUUCCACUGUCCAUACGAAGGCUGCAGUCAAGUCUAUGUGGCAAUCAGCAGCUUCCAGAAUCACGUGAAUCUAGUUCACAGGAAAGGGAGGACCAAAGUGUGCCCUCACCCUGGCUGUGGCAAGAAAUUCUACCUGUCCAACCACCUGCACCGCCACAUGAUCAUCCACUCAGGAGUUAGAGAUUUCAUCUGUGAGACGUGUGGGAAAUCAUUUAAACGUAAAAAUCAUCUGGAGGUUCACCGACGGACCCACACAGGAGAAACGCCUCUCCAAUGUGAGAUUUGUGGUUACCAGUGUCGGCAGCGAGCCUCCCUGAACUGGCACAUGAAGAAGCACACUCCAGAGGCUCACUACAACUACACCUGUGAGUUCUGCAGCAAGAGGUUCGAGAAGCUGGACAGCGUGAAGUUCCACAAGCUGAAGAGUCAUUCAGAGAAGCUGACCAGCUGA